GUCAAAUUUGUUGGCUUCCAAUACUAGCACGCGAUAAAUGCUGAUUAAGUUGUGAGUUUUGGUUUUACUUGAACAAAAAUGCAUCCAGAUCUUACGGAGCGUAUAUUGCAACACUUGGAAGGUAAUGAAAAAGUCAGCACAGUUGACUUAGCUAUAUUGUUUGGCGUAGAUCACCAGAAAAUUGUUGGUGCCUUGAAAAGCAUUGAAGCUCAUGGCGAAUUAGUAAUCGCUGAACCCACUUUAGCGAAAAGCUUGGAAUUGACGGAUGAGGGGCAAAACGUAAUGACAAAUGGCAGCCACGAAGCAGUACUUUAUGGAGCUGUGCCAUUGGAAGGUAUUGUCCAAGAGGAACUUAUGCAGAGUAGUCCGAAUGCGAAGUUUGGUUAUAGCAAAGCUAUGUCCCUUGGUUGGAUCUAUUUAGACAAGUCGGUUAGUCCACCACUUGUCAAGAAAAAAGUAGAAAAAAUUGAAGACACAGUGAAGAAAUCCCUUGAGGAAAUUUCGAAAAAUAAAACAGAUCUUCCACCUCAUGUUAUUAAAGAAUUUAAAAAGAGAAAGCUACUGCAAGAGAUUACAACGAAAAGUUUUAUAUUGAGCCAGGGGAAUGAAUUCGCCACAACAUUGACGAAGUUGGAGACAGAUCUGACUGUCGAUAUGCUCGCCAGCGGCUUGUGGAAGGACCUAAAAUUCAAAUCAUAUAAUUUCGAUGCUCUGGGCGCAGCACCUGUUCGUGGCCAUCUGCACCCGUUACAAAAAGUGCGCACAGAAUUUCGACAAAUAUUUUUGGAAAUGGGUUUCUCGGAGAUGCCCACAAAUAACUUUAUUGAGUCGUCAUUUUGGAACUUUGAUGCAUUAUUUGUGCCACAGCAACAUCCAGCGCGCGAUGCUCAGGAUACUUUCUUUAUUAGUCAUCCAGCGAAAAGCUACAAAUUUCCACAAGAGUACUUGAAACGUGUGCAAGAAGUUCAUUCAAGUGGUGGUUACGGCUCCACAGGCUAUGGCUAUGAUUGGAAAUUGGAAGAGGCGCAACGAAAUACACUACGCACGCACACUACAGCAGUAAGUGCUCGAAUGCUGUAUAAGUUGGCCAAUCAGCCGGAGGGAUUUAGGCCAGUAAAAUACUUUAGUAUUGACAAAGUGUUCCGAAAUGAAACAUUGGAUGCUACACAUUUGGCAGAAUUCCACCAAGUGGAGGGGGUGGUAGCAGAUAUCGGACUUACACUAGGCGACUUAAUUGGCACCCUUUACGAAUUCUUUCGCAAACUUGGUAUUGAAAAGCUGGAAUUCAAGCCAGCUUAUAAUCCUUAUACGGAACCAAGUAUGGAGAUUUUCUGUUUUCAUCCAGGACUUAACAAAUGGAUUGAGGUUGGUAAUUCAGGUGUUUUUCGACCAGAGCUUUUAUUACCAAUGGGUUUGCCGGAAAAUGUAAAUGUUAUUGCUUGGGGUCUGUCGUUGGAACGACCUACUAUGAUAAAGUAUGGUAUUAAUAAUAUUCGAGACUUAAUCGGUCCUAAAGUUGACCUUAAAAUGGUAGAAGAAGGACCAAUCUGUCGUCUGGAUAAAUAAAAAAUACUAGGUCUUGCUGGAGAUAUUAAUUAAAAAACUGUAUAUUUGGACAACUAUGUAAAUGCAUUAAUGCAAAUUAUCAGUCCCUUUUAUUUCCAAACUUAUUCGAAAUGCCCAAUUUGAUUAAAUUAAUUGUAAAUGAUUAAUAGGGCUUGGAUGCGCAUGUUUGGCAUUAUAAUCUCAGAUUAUUUAGAAAUAAAAGCUAAAAAUAGAUUGCA